CCCAAUGGCCGGGAUUUCAGUUCGGACGUGCGAGGCGGAAAAACCACCGCGCACCCCGCCGUUAUGACCGCCCGCCUGCCGCCGCCGCUCCGCCCGUCCUCCGCGCCGCCGGCUCCCGCCGUCACGCGCACGCUGCACGCGAUCAACACCUGCACCUCCUCCACCGCGCUCGCGCCCCUCCGCGGCGCCAUCCUCCGCGAACCCGCCCUCCUACGCUCCACCACCGUCGUCUCCGCCUUCUUCCUCGCCUGCGGCCGCCUCCGCCACCUCGCCCCCGCGCUCUCCCUCUUCGUCUCCCUCUCCCGCCCCCACGUCUUCCUGUUCAACUCCAUCCUCCGCUCCCUCCACCCUGCGCCCGACUGCUCCCCGCUCCCGCUCUUCCGCCGCUUCCUCUGCCUCGGCGGCCGCCCCAACCGCUACACCUUCCCGCUUCUUCUCACCUCCCUUUCCUCCCUCAGCGACCUGAGGGCCGUGCAUUCUCAGGUGGCCAAGUCCGGCUUCUCACGCGACCUCCACGUCCGCAACGCCCUUCUCGCGCGUUACGCCGCCUGCGACCCAUGCCCGGCCCAUGCCGAGCAGCUGUUCGACGAAAUGGCCCACCCGGACGUUGUCGCGUGGACCACCAUGAUCACCUCAUACAAGAAUCGCGGCCGCAGCUUCAACGCCCUGGCCACAUUCCGGCGGAUGCUGUCUGCUUCUGUUGCCCCCAACCGUGUCACCAUGGUCGCCGCGCUUGGCGCAUGUGCGGCUCAUGGUGCCAUCGACACUGGCACUUGGAUCCAUGAGUACGUGCAGAAGCAGGGAUGGGAGCUGGACGUUAUAUUAGGCACUGCACUCGUUGAUAUGUAUGGGAAGUGUGGACAUGUGGUCGACGGGGUUCGUGUAUUCUCGGAAAUGGCCGAGAGGAAUGUAUAUACCUGGAACUCUAUCAUUGGAGCGCUUGCUCUUGCACAGGAUGGCACAAUGGCACUUCAGUGGUUCUAUAGGAUGGAGGCUGAUGGUGUCCGGCCAGAUGCAGUGACGCUCAUUUCUGUUCUUUGUGCAUGUGCCCAUGCCGGGUUUGUUGACAUUGGGAGGAAAAUAUUUAAUUUGAUCAUACAAGGAAAGUAUGGGUUUCAACCUGGAAUCAAGCACUUCGGGUGCUUGGUUGAUCUUCUUAGUCGCUCUGGACACCUGGAUGAUGCUGUUAGUGUUGUUGAGACAAUGUCACAGCCAAAUGCAGUCAUCUGGGGCUUACUGUUGCGGGGUUGCAAGGCUCAUGGUGACUCACGAUUGAGUGAGCAUGUGAUGACAAGGUUGGUGGAGUUAGAGCCUGAUAAUGCUUCACAUUAUGUGCUGUUAGCAAAUUUAUAUGCUGAGACAGGGAGGUGGCAGGAGGCUGAGGAGAUCUUGCAGUGGAUGAAGAAGAAAGGAUUGAGGAAGGAUGCAGGCUGGAGCCUAAGGAUGUUAGGAGACAGGCUGUUGUUACCGAAAUCUGGCAGCACGAAGCCAAUGUUUCCGAUCCAAGGAUCUUUUGUGCGGUAACACAGGCCAAAGAAACGUAUUACUGAUGAAUUAUAUGUGUUUCAUGAGGAACAUUGGAGGGUGGAUUGAUGCACAUUUAGAGAAGCAAGAACUUGCUUAUCACUCCAAGUUGCGAGGACGAGAACUUGAGACCAUGGACAUCGAUUUGGGAGCAGGAAUUUGAGAAACAUGCGGCUGGGUCUCCUAAAUCAUUGUUGAAUUGGUGCCAGUGAGACUAGAAUUGCUUGGGGCACACAUGCUUGGUUUGAUGUGAAAAGGUUUGUUAAGCUACAACAUUGUUAGUUACUGCUGAUAGUGUGCAUAUAGUCAUCCGUAAUAAAGAAAUGCUAAUAUUCAGGGAAAGAAGAUAAGCCUUUAACUCUUAUUUCACAAAUCCUUUAGUUCUGAGUUUUCUCGGAAACACACCUCCUGCAGGCAGUGGCGGUGCCAGGAUUUUAAUCAUGUGUAGUCAAGUCAAUCUUGUGUGGUCAAGAUAUAUGUAUUUCUACAAAUUUUGUA